AGAAAAGUAUGAGAGAGCCAUCUGGUUAAGUCUACGCUUUGAAGACCACCACAUCCACCAGAAGAUGGAUCUGCACCAAAGCACUGCCGUCACUUUCCUUGAGAAAUGGUGUUUGGAUAAGUCACUCUCUGGCUACAGGAGACAUUAUAGUGUCAGGAAAAAACUGAAGUUAAUUCGAAUCGUGGGCCUUUUCAUGGGCCUCGUAGCCAUUAGCACUGUCUCAUUUUCAAUCAGUGCCUUUUCUGAGACAGAGAUAAAGAGUACGGAAGAGGCCACGGGUGCAAGUGGCCCUCAGGUAGCACACGGUUACCGCCAAAGAACUCUCUUAGAUUUAAAUGACAAGAUUCUGGAUUAUACUCCACAGCCACCUCUUUCUCAGGAAGGCCAGUCUGAGAACACGACAGAUCAUGCCCAAGGAGACUACCCAAGAGACAUCUUUUCCCUCGAGGAGCGAAGAAAAGGUGCCAUCAUUCUCCAUGUCAUUGGAAUGAUCUACAUGUUCAUAGCUUUAGCCAUCGUCUGUGAUGAGUUCUUUGUUCCUUCAUUGACUGUCAUCACUGAGAAAUUGGGCAUCUCCGAUGAUGUGGCUGGAGCCACCUUCAUGGCUGCUGGGGGCUCGGCUCCAGAACUUUUUACAUCUCUUAUAGGGGUAUUCAUUGCUCACAGCAACGUUGGCAUAGGCACAAUUGUGGGCUCAGCCGUGUUCAAUAUCCUUUUCGUUAUCGGCAUGUGUGCUCUGUUUUCCAGAGAAAUCUUAAACCUGACAUGGUGGCCGCUCUUUCGGGAUGUGUCCUUCUACAUUGUUGACUUGAUCAUGCUGAUUAUAUUUUUCCUGGAUAAUGUGAUCAUGUGGUGGGAAAGCUUGCUUCUCUUAACAGCUUAUUUUGGCUAUGUGGUUUUCAUGAAGUUCAACGUCCAAGUAGAAAGAUGGGUGAAGCAAAUGAUAAAUCGCAAUAAAGUCGUCAAGGUGACAGCGCCAGAGGCCCAAGCAAAGUCAUCUACAGCCAGGGACAAAGAUGAGCAGGCCCUACCGGCCAAGCCACGUCUCCAGCGAGGUGGAAGUUCUGCCUCCCUCCACAACAGCCUCAUGAGGAAUAGCAUCUUUCAGCUCAUGAUUCACACCCUUGACCCACUCGCUGAAGAACUUGGAUCAUAUGGAAAACUAAAAUAUUAUGACACAAUGACUGAAGAAGGGAGGUUCAGAGAAAAGGCUUCCAUUCUCCACAAGAUCGCCAAGAAGAAAUGCCAGGUGGAUGAGAACGAGAGGCAGAAUGCAGCUGCCAAUCACGUGGAAAAAAUCGAGCUCCCAAACAGCACCAGCACAGAGGUUGAAAUGACACCACCCAGUGAUGCUUCAGAACCUGUGCAAAAUGGAAAUCUCUCCCACACCAUUGAAGCUGCAGAAGCCCAGACCACAGAGACGGGUGAAGAGGAGGAGGACCAGCCUCUCAGCCUGGCCUGGCCUACCAACCCCCGCAAGCAAGUCACGUUCCUAAUUGUUUUGCCCAUAGUGUUUCCUCUCUGGAUCACCUUGCCUGAUGUCCGCAAACCUUCAUCAAGGAAAUUUUUUCCCAUCACAUUCUUCGGCUCCAUCACCUGGAUCGCUGUAUUCUCUUACUUGAUGGUCUGGUGGGCACACCAGGUUGGUGAGACAAUUGGCAUUAGUGAAGAGAUUAUGGGUCUGACCAUCUUGGCUGCCGGAACCUCCAUCCCUGAUCUUAUCACCAGUGUCAUAGUGGCCCGGAAGGGGCUUGGGGACAUGGCUGUGUCCAGCUCUGUUGGAAGCAACAUUUUUGACAUCACCGUAGGGCUUCCACUGCCCUGGCUCCUAUAUACCAUCAUUCACAGGUUCCAACCAGUGGCUGUCAGCAGCAAUGGCCUCUUCUGUGCCAUUGUCCUCCUCUUCAUCAUGCUGCUCUUCGUUAUCCUCUCUAUUGCCCUCUGCAAAUGGCGGAUGAACAAAAUUCUGGGCUUCAUCAUGUUCGGCCUCUACUUUGUGUUCCUGGUGGUCAGUGUCCUCCUAGAAGACAGAAUUCUCGUGUGCCCUGUCUCCAUCUAGUAGGAAAAGCCAUAUCCUGACCAACAGCAGGGAUGGCCCCUCCCUGCCCUGGGUUCUAGGCUCCUUGACCUCUCCCUUGAAGAGGCAGCUGGCAUACAGCCGCGGGCAUUUCAAAGUGUGCCUCCCCGGCGGAUGUGAAGCUGGAUGGAUUUACACUGGGCCCCCUCAUUUCACAAGCUGCUGCCAGCCUUGCCUGCUGAAACAGCGCCGUGCAAGAGACCAUGCAAGAACUGUCCUUUUGGGGCUUCCCUCCAUUCGCCACAGACAGGUACUCCUCGCUGGUCGGAGGUACAUUCAUUGUAAUGAUGCAAACAAUAACAGAGGCUCUCUCUAUAUAUAUACAUACAAAAUAUACAAAUUAUAAAUAGAUGCACAGGAACAUACCCCACCCUCGCCUGCUCCUGUAUUAUACCUCUCC